AUUGAUAAUCCUUACCUUAAAAAAACCAAAACAACAUGAAGAUUAAAAAAACCAUGUCAUCUUCUACCUUAUCAACCAUAAUGAUAAUUUCCUUUCUCUUCUUUACAAUCAUUGAUGUCAAAGCUCAAUCAUGCAGCGAUGAAUUCACGAAAAUCGUCGAACGAAAAAACAUAACAGAAUGCAAGAUAUUACGCACUUUAGGAGCUGAAUUUGGUUGGAAGUGUUACAAUGGUACUAACUCAACCACAAUACUUGAAAUAUUAUUUGGUGCAUAUUUAGAGUCAAGUGAAGGGUGGAUAGCAUGGGGUGUAAAUCCAGGAAAAAGAGCUGAAAUGGUUGGAACAAAAGCACUUAUAGGAGUUAAAAAACAUGAUUCUUCUAUGAUGUUGAAUACAUAUGAUGUUACAAAAGAAACUAAAAGAGGUUGUGCUCUUGUACCAAUGAGAGAUAUUGGUCUCAAUGUGUCUAGUAUGUCAACACAAAAUGAAGGGUCAAAUUUUUAUACUAUAUAUGCUAAAUUGGUUCUGCCUUCUGAUGUGUAUAACAUAACAAGGUUGAAUCAUGUGUGGCAAAUUGGGUAUGAAAUUAAUAAUGGAAAACCUUUGAACCAUCCAACAACUCUUCACAAUGUUGAUAGCUCUGAGACUAUUGACUUGACUUCUAUUAGCGGUCGCAGUACUGGACAAUAUCGAAGUUUCCUUAGAUCGGUACAUGGAGUACUAAACAUUAUAGGGUGGGGAACAAUGUUACCAAUUGGAGUAAUAAUCCCAAGAUACUUUAGAGUGUUUCCUUUUCAUAGGGAUCCAUUGUGGUUUCAGCUUCAUGUUGGUUGCCAAUUAACUGGUUUUCUCAUUGGUACUUCUGGUUGGAUUAUUGGAUUGGUUCUUGGACAUUCUUCUAGAUACUAUAUCUUCCACACUCAUCGAGAUUUUGGCAUUCUCAUUUUCACUUUUAGCACUAUUCAGAUGUUGGCUUUUCGCUUAAAACCUAAGGACACAGAUGAUUACCGCAAAUAUUGGAAUAUGUACCAUCAUUUUCUUGGAUAUGGACUACUAACUAUUAUAGUCAUAAACAUAUUCAAAGGAAUUAACAUUUUGAAUGGUGGUAGUAAAUGGAAGUGGAGUUACAUUGGAAUUCUUAUAUGUUUGGGUGCCAUUGCAUUUGGUUUGGAGCUUACCACAUGGAUUAAGUUUUUCAUUGAAAAAUAUAACAAAACCAAAUCAAAUAAUAGUACAGUGCAGCCAAAUAAAGAUACGUUGGAAGAUGCAAGCGAUAAGAAGAAACAAAAGGAAUAAACACAAUGCACGUGAGGAUCACUAUGGCUUUGACAAAUAUAUUACUUAAAUAAAAUGUUUUUUUUUGUUGUUGGUAUAA